CACGCACACUUUCUCUAGACUACGAGAUACAUUGUUUCGUUUUUACCGUUACAAAUCUAACCAAUUGCUGUAUCGGUAACGAGUGCAAUAACAGUUCGUUUAGAGAAAGUACUAUCAGACAUUUCUAAAGCUUUAUUUGUGCUGAAAAUAUUUUCGAUGUGGAAUUAUCUAGCUAAUUUCCUCAGGCGUUUACUUGUGCUACCCAAGGGGUCUUUUCCAAAAGUAUUUAGCUGACAAAAAUGUUAUGGUUGAAACAACGUGUGCAGCAAAUGUUCCACGGGUACAGUAAAAUGACACAAGUUUACAUUUCGUCGAGAAGAAGAUGAUAAGCAUUAGAAGAUGUUGAAGUGCCGCUGGUUUCGUUCUAGCAACCAACAAACGCAGUGAUGUCGUCCUCCAGUGAAACGUGCCCGUUCUGUGGGAAAAACUACAAGAGACUGAACAGCCACCUUCCCAGAUGCAAGAUGGCUCCGGUCACCACAACCACACAAAGGUCGCAGACCCCCCCUGGCCCAGCUGACCUCAUCACAGACAAGAACAGCAAGAAGACAUCUUUAUCAUCGUCUUCUUCAUCACCAUCAACAACUUCUACUAAGAGUAAGAAGGCAUCAUCUUCAUCUCCAUCACCAGCGUUAUCACCAUUGGCAACUACAACCAAGAGUAAGAAAUCAUCAUCAUCAUCAUCAUCAUUGACAACUACUAAAAACAAUAAGAAGACACCAUCACCUUCCUCAUCAUCAUCAUUGACAACUACUAAAAACAAUAAGAAGACACCAUCACCUUCCUCAUCAUCAUCAUUGACAACUACUAAAAACAAUAAGAAGACACCAUCACCUUCCUCAUCAUCAUCAUUGACAACUACUAAAAACAAUAAGACACCAUCACCUUCCUCAUCGUCAUCAUUGACAACUACUAAAAACAAUAAGAAGACACCAUCACCUUCCUCAUCGUCAUCAUUGACAACUACUAAAAACAAUAAGAAGACACCAUCACCUUCCUCAUCAUCAUCAUUGACAACUACUAAAAACUACAUUCUCUCCAAGGACAGUCUGGCCACAGCCCCAGUCCCUGCCACAGUCCCUGCCACAGCCCCAGUCCCUGCCACAGUCCCUGCCCCAGUCCCUGCCACAGUCCCUGCCACAGCCCCAGUCCCUGCCACAGCCCCAGUCCCUGCCACAGUCCCUGCCACAGCCCCAGUCCCUGCCACAGCCCCAGUCCCUGCCACAGCCCCAGUCCCUGCCACAGCCCCAGUCCCUGCCACAGCCCCUGCCACAGUCCCUGCCACAGCCCCAGUCCCUGCCACAGCCCCAGUCCCUGCCACAGCCCCAGUCCCUGCCACAGUCCCUGCCACAGCCCCAGUCCCUGCCACAGCCCCAGUGAGCACUAAAGCCAAAGCUGCCUCUAAGAAGAAGGUUUCACUGAGGGAGCAGAUUGAACUAUCCGCUCAGACAGCCAGAGCUGCUGCCACACUGUCCCAGGAGCCUUUACCAGGGGCACAGAGUGAAGCAAGACCCUUCUGGAAGGAGGAGGUGGGGAGCAGUAGGGAGGAGGUGGGAGGAGAAGAGAAGCUGCAGGGGUCAGGCAGUGGUCAGCCCAGACCCAGCAUACAGGACCACAUCACCGUCAAACCUGACCGUCUGUACAGCAAGACAAUCGCACUGGACCAUAACCCAACCAUAACCUCUGACCUCAAUAAAGACCGUCUACGCAGCAAGACAAGCAACAGGGGACCACUCAUGGUCAACCACGUUUCAACAGUACUGGACCGUGUUCAGACCACAACCGCUGAUUGUAACAAAGACUAUCUGUAUAACAAGACCAGAAGACUGCUCACGGUUGAACUCGGUCAAACCUCCGUGAGGACAGAGUCAGCAACAGCCAAUCAGAGUGUGACAAGGGAGAAAGCGCCAUUCGACACCAGGAAGUAUGGCACUGAGCAGAGGAUCAUGGGUAAACUGUCUCUAGGGGAGGUGAGACUGAAGGAACUACCUUGCUGGAUCGCUACCAGAGCUCCCCGCAACCCCAGAAAUGGAUUACAGGCCCUGAUCAGCGGAUGGCAGUGGUACUACAGGAGGUAUAUCAAUGUGAGGAAAGGUGGAGUGGGAGGAGUGGCCAUGCUGCUAGCGGGAUACUGUGUGCUGGGCUACACCUGGCACUACCCACACAUCAAGCAGGACCGCUGGAGGAAGUACCACUGAGCCCUGCUGAGUGGUAGGGGUCAAACUAAGGGGAAACCUCUCACUCUGGGAGUGCGCCCCUAGUGGUGUGGUGGAGAAACAUUUUCCAACAGGAGACAUAUUUGACGAGCUGCAGCUAUGGCGAAAAUGCUUUGGCUUUAUACACAUAUUCUUCUGUGUGAAAGGAGAUGAAAUGUAUACAGAAGCAACACUGAGGUGCCCAGGGAAAUGGUCUCAUUUCAGUUUGAAGUUUAAUUUCUUGUAGACCUUGUGUACAACUCUUUAAGUAUUUAUGUCGCAUUUUCUGUUGUUUUGUUAACUGUUUAUGAAAGAGAAGGAUAUCUCAGUGUUACAGCACGUCUGCUUCUAGGACAAGUUACAAAUGAAUUGUGUUCUCUCUAAACUAGUGAGAACAGCAACAAAGCUAAUUCAGCACUCCUAAAGGACUCCCAGCCAAUCCAGCAAGUGUCACUGUUGGACUGUUUUUGUUUAAACUGACAAUGUACUGUGUGUAGCAUGCCCUCCCAAUCAAUGCCUCAAAUGAUUGAAUGUAGUCAUGACCAGCCAUGAGACAAACUGGCCCAAGUAUAGUAAUACUAUAAUAACAAGUAUUACAGUGUGUGUGCUUGCAGUAUUUAACUGACUGUGAAGGUUUUACCAAUACUACAUGUUUGAGACAGGUUCAGUUUCAAAUGAAUCAGGCUAUGCCCAUUUAUGAUUGUAUUCAAAAUGAAUUUAUUGUUGACUUUUCUCUUUCUGUUGUAGUGAACACAAACUAAAAAUGAACAACACAGUAUUUGUAACGA